AACCUAAAUUUCACCGAUAGAUAUUUUUCUUGUGUUUAAGAGUAACGACAAUCAAAACGAGUUUUUGUGUGUAUAAUCUUCGGCAAAUGUCACAUUCACAACCAAGAAUGGUGAAAUGCCAAACCUAACAUGACCUAACUGAAAACCGAAUUGGAGCAAUACGUUUAGACUUGACAACAAACUGUAACGACCAGCGGUACUGCGUUUGAGCGGGAAAUGUGUAUAUUAUAAUUGGCUGGAUUUGCGUGACGUAAGAGGAACAUAAGUGGCUGAUUUAAGGGGCUAUAAGCGGCGGCAGGAGGAGAAAGGCUGACGAGAGGCGCAGGUCCUGGAGGAACCGGGGUCCUCGGACCGAGAGUAUUAGUUCCCUGUGUCCUAAUAAAACGUUCAUAAUGAACGCUGCCUGUGCCUCCUUCUUCGCCCCGUCCGAACUCAGAGCGCCGCGAUAUAAGAAUAAGAAAGCAAGAUGCACAGUAAAGUUGUUUGCGUAGUAUAAAAUGUACGGAACAAGGGUAAACCCUGAGGAAAAAAAAGCUAAGUAGAAAGUAUACAUAUUUGUUUACAAUAUUGUUCAUUCUUGUUGUAAUUGCUUAUGGUUGACGGGCCGCCUGUGAUGACGUGUCUGCCUCCCAACAGGAAGUGCUCCGUUACCAAUGGAAACGGGGAUAAACAGAAGUGCCAGCGCUGGAGCGGGCUGUCUGUGUCUGUGUCUGUGUCUGUGUGUGCGCGCGCGCGCGCCCGCGCUGGUAUUAGUCCGGCACUUUGACUCUUCUGUCGUUGUCCGGACGCUUCGAUAUUAUGUCAGCGAAUGUGCACGAUACGCGCGCACGUUGGGGUGUGUGAGAGCCGCUCGGCCCGGGCCGCAGGGCAUCUGUGUGUGUGUGUGUGUGUGUGUGUGUGUGUGGGUGGGAGCCCAGUAAUGAGCACUGCUCUGACACGAGGGACUGGAGUCGUGUGUGACUGGACUCGGCUGGAUGAGCUGUCCACUGUCCACCCUGGGGAAGCACAGAAGAGCCCCCCUGCCGGGAUGGCAGCACGCGCCCAGGAGGAGAGAUCUGCCGCCCGCUAAGCACCAGGCUGCAUGGCUGAAUGAGUUCCUGUCCCCACAAGCGAAGGACCCCCUCGCUGCAGAUGGACGUCCCACCUCCAGGUCAAAGGCCACGCAGAAAAUGAGCCCCAACAGCGGUUCCGACCUCAGCGACUCGGCCUUCGUGUCCAGCAUGAUGCAGCGAGUGGGGCUGCUGGAGCGCACGGUGCACCGCCAGGCCCUGGACAUCCAGCAGAAGGACAAGAAGAUUGCCGUCCUGGAGGAGCAGCUGAAGCUCCUGCGUAGCCCCACAGAGGAGGCCGGCGCACCGCAGCGGGUGCAGGAGCUCGAGAGGUCGUGCCGCACACUGCAGGAGCAGGUGUGGGAGAUGGAGCGGUUCCUCAGCGACUACGGCAUGGUAUGGGUGGGCAGCGCUGGGGACAGUGGCCCCGCCUCUCCACAGGAAGAGGAAGAAGAAGUGAGCCACGGGUCAGGGGCCUCUGUGAACACACUCUUCUGCGUGGACUUUGACCUGGUGCUGCACAGGGUUCGGGAACUGAACGCCCUGGUGGGGGAGGGGGAGUGUCACGUGGAGGUGACACAGGGCGGAGCCCGAUUGGCCCGUCGCUCCCCCGUCCCCCUGGCGCUCUACAGCAAUGGCAUCGUCAUGUUUGAGGGUCCCUUCCGGCCCUACGAGGAGCCCGGCACCCAGCAAUGCAUCCUGGACCUGAUGGAUGGCUACUUCCCCUCGGAGCUACAGGGCAGGUUCCCCGAUGGAGUCGCUUUCCAGGUGUUUGACAGGCGACACGAAGCGUUCCAGGAGAGGCCACGAUGGGCCGCGUUUCCCGGGAAGGGGCAGGUUGUGGGCGGAGCCAAGGAGCGCUCCCCUGACGCCAUUGGACCCGUCGUGGAGACCCACCCACAGCAAGGGUGUGGCCGGCAGACAGAGCACUUCCUGAACAGGUUGCCAGAGAGGGUUGUGAAAGCAGGAUUGGUGGUGGAGGUGCGGGAUGCACUGCGGUCCAUGCUGCAGCAGGGCUCCUCUGCUGCAUCCUGGAACUCCGCGGUUACAGUCGUAGACACACCCACUCGGCAGGCCUCCGAUAACAGGACAGCGCUGUCCCGUGACGUCACCACACUGCGUCUUCGCUCAGAGGAUGGACAGAACAUCUUUGUCCUGCAGAUGCUUCCUUCUGACACCAUUGGUCAGGUGCGCCGCUACCUGGACGCUCACAGGGGGCAGCGCGACACCUCCUAUGACAUAAUGAGCGCCUUCCCUCAGCGUCGCUAUGACGACGACAACGAGACACUUGCCGCCUGCGGCCUGACGCAAAACACGACACUGCUGCUGCGAACGCGGCCCCACCAGCGGUGACCUCCGCUGCUGACCUUUCACGCCUGUCCUCGAGGACACCCUUUCACUUAUUGUUUUAAUAAAUAAUAAUAAUAAUACUUUAAUGUAUUAUUCUGUAUUCUGUAUGUAUUCUUUAAUGUAUUUUAAAGAAAUGCUUUGUACAUGAUGUUACUUUUAGGUCCCUAGAACAGAAAGUACUGAACUGAUGGGCUUCCCUCUGCACCCUCUCACUGGAUGCAGCUGUAAUUACUGUCAUCAUAAUCAUCAUUAAUAAAUAAUGACUGUGACUUUUGCACAGGAAACAGGCGGGGUUUACAUUA